UGUCAUAAAAGCGUGUUUAAAAAAAAGUUUUUUUCAAACAUUACUUAUUGAUAUCAUUCCGGCAAAAAGGUCCCCAUUUAUAUAACCCCAAAGGGUAAUGAAUCGAAUCGCUAAUUCCACCACACACGAUAUCGAUUCCGGAAUCGAUGACCCCGGAAGUGCGCCAAGCACGUGCGCGUGUUGUGUUCGCGCGCCUCUCCACCAUCGCCAUGGUUUACGCCGUCCUCAUUCACACCGUGAGCUCCGCGGGCCCCUGCCGCGUCCUCUACUCGCAGGUGUUCGCCGCCGAGAAGCUCCAGGACGACGGCUGCGAGGGCGAACGGCUGCGUCUUCUCCGCAAGGAACGGAUGGCGGCGGUGGCGAGGCAGGUGCAGGCGGCGUUCCAGCCCUGCAGCGCCUCGGCACAGCCGACAGCGGCGGUGGCGUUCCCGGGUGCCGAGCCAACCGCCGCGCAGGAGGCGGCGGUGUCGGCGUCGCUCGAAGUCGGUGCCCUGCGCCUGCCGGCGGGCGACCCCUGCGACUCGGAGCUCACGGCGCUGUGGCUGCCGUUGCCUGGCGGCGGCGGCGGCGGCGGUGCCGGCGCCGCGGCGGCGUCGCCGCCGCCACCGGCGGCGGUGGCUGCGUCGGCGCUCGCCUUGACGCUGCUGUGUGAGGAGCACGACAACACGACGCUGGCCGAGUCGACGCUGCGCCACGUGCGCCGCGCCCUGCUCGAGCGCCUGCUGCCCCCCGUGGCGCCGGCGGCGGCGCUGGGCUGCGAGGCGCUGCUGCAAGCGGACCGCGUGGACGCGGUGCUGGCCGCGCUGCUGCCCUUUGGACAGCUGCUCUUCCUCAAUCACCAGUUUGUGCAGAGCGUGGAGAGGGAGCUGAGCGCCUACGUGAACGUAAAGUGACGCGGGCGGUGGUGGCCCUGACACUGAUGUCUUAUUGGCGAAAGCGCCUCCCUCCCCCCCCCCCUGCUGUCCAGACCACCGUUCGGCACGCGUCCGGGUUGUUGUCGGGACCGUAGCACCGAGUGAGAACGUGAGCGUGCGAUUCCAGUUCCUGAAGAAGUUGCUGAAACGAUUCAUCGUUGCCUGUUUUACUCGGGAGUGUCGGAGCCAUGUCGCGUCGAAAGGUUGUCGGGUCGUUCUAUCAAUGAAGCUGUUGACGCAUCGUUUUUUUUCCACCCCCGUGAUUGACUGUGACAACGAAAAGACAUUCUUCCGUAAUUGCCGUGAAAAUUAAAUAUUUAUUUUUUUUUGUCGCAUAGCGAUCCAUAUGUAUGAUAUUUCCUGUGGAUUUAUGUUGCUUGCAGGGUGUGGGUGUGCGUUUGCAGUGGAUAUUUUGCCCCAUUAAUCACUUACAGCGCCCUCAGUGUUGGCACGGCUGGGCAGCUUUGCUAAUGUCAGGGUUGUUUUAUUUCGAAAUGGGAAGGGUUGCACACCCUCAUUAAUUGUGACUACUUGUGAAAAAUACCUUUUGAUUGAAGUAUCAUUGACUGGGUAACUGUUGAGUAAUGUUUUUUUUGUUUUACGUUGUAUAUGAUCCAAAUUAUAUUCCAGUUGUUGCUGUCAGCAUCAUUUUACGAGCUCAAGAAGAUCCCAUUUGUCGCUCUGCGGCUAGAAGUGCAUCGCUCUUGUGUCAGUGAAUGACCGUGGGAGAUGACGUCACAGACUUAACUUGUGCAGUCACUUCAGAAGGCUUCCAUGCAUACGCCAGGGGCACACAUUUUUAUAUGACCUGGAAAAAGUGUUUAUCCCAUGCCGGUCAAGUCAAUGCAAUGCCCAAUAGCUGGAUUAUUUUUUUUUUCCAAAAUAAGUAACAAAUCAUAUUUAAUAACGAUGGGUUGGUUGUGUCAAGCCGUUGGUGCCAGGGCUGAGAACCCCAUCAACUCGCUACACUUGAGGACCCGGUUUAAUCACAGGCAGCGGCCGAAUCCUAGACGAAUCCGGGUUCUUAGCAAUACCGGCUCAAGUGCCCUGAACCCCCGAGUCACCCGGCCACUUAAAUUUGAGCUCCGUUCAACACAAUUUGCAGUUCGUAAGUAAACCUUCGAAGGAUGCACACGCGAUAAUGUGUUCGUAUUUACAUGUACGAAUAAGGGGGCACGUGUCGUGUUCGCAUUAAUUGCACGGGUAACUCGUUACCCAAGGUUAUAAAAAAUAUAUAUUUUUUUACACUCGAGACAUGUAUAUGUACGUAUGUUGAACCUAUUCCGCACCGUACGUAGCCAACCAUGCAAUCGAGAGGUGCGGCGGGGGGGGGGGGGGGAACAAGAUGACGAAACGCGAUAUGCCGAGAAGAUCAUUGGGUGACGGCAACGCAAACAUUGAAAACGAAUCCCACCGCUGACAUUUUAGUGGUGGUGGUGGGGGGCAUUUUACAGUCGGUCGCGGUUCACGAGCGUUCCGACGGCACAUCACAGGCGACGACCGCCGCCGAUGGUUCCUCUGCGCCCUCCGCCUAAUAUUUUUUUUCAUGGCCGAAGUGGAACGAUUGGAGCGAUGAAACUCGGCGUGGGUGGGGGAGCGGUGGUUGGUGUCGAGUGACGUGCGGCUCUCGCUCGUGCGACCCCCCCAAGCCUACAGAGGAGCCGAAGUGGUCGAUCGGUUCGGGGAGGUUCAUAAUGGGCAUUGAGCUAGUGCACCGCUGUUAUAACCCUGGGUUGGGUUUGAGUCCGGGUAUCGAACACCCGUGGUCAAACCGGGUUCUCGGGUGCAGCGAGUUGAUGCUCACAGCCCAGGUCACCAAUGACUGCACCCAAAAAACACCCCAUUAAAUAUGCUUAGUCACUUAAUGCGGCAUGUUCCAGCUACGAUAAUGUCACGCGACAAACACAGUGCAGGGUAUGCUAAAUGUGCGAGCUUAUUGUGGCUAGAGAGGAAUUCACUCGGGAUGUAGUUCUUUGAUAUCUUCGGAGGCAAUUCUCCAACGCAAGGCGAUGAUUGCACUGCUAGUUGCGAAGAGUCUCUUGAGUGUAAUACCGAGAGCACUGUUGGGAGCCCUGUUCACUCCCGAGACGGCUGUUUACCCUCCGUUAGAAUCGCUGUGCCGCACUUGGGACAAAUGUCAGGUGCAGUUCAAUAGCGCCCCUCGUCACCCUGUGUGUUUGUGGUUACGCUAUUGCUGUGCACAAUUGAGCGAACGGAAAUGUGGUUGAAAAAGCUGUGCGCGGGCGAGUGCAAUGUCAGUGACUCAUGGCCAUCCGAUCAUUAAAUCGCGUUUUGGUUCGCUGCACAGAAUGGACAAGUGAAGGCCAUGAGGUCAUCGCAGCCAGUGCCGGUUGCUAUCGCACCACGCCAUCGCUUCCUUCUGCUAGCUUCCCUUUUGCCGUUGCAAAGUUUGACACCUAACCUUCUGGGUCUGCUCUUACGGUCUCAUCGUCUUCCCCUUGAUCACCGACCGCUGGGUGCCACUCUCAACCGCUCGUCUCGGCAACUUGCCCUCUAUCCUACACACGCGUCCCAGCAAUCGCAACCUCUUAAUUUAUUAUGCCGAACGAUGUUUUCUCACCCGUGUCCUAUUCCCAUUGUCCUUGUUGCUUACACUAUCCUCUUGCUAUGCACGUGCCUUGUCCAUCACAAACUCCUCUUCCUCAUCACAUCGACAUGGCUUGCUUGCCACGUUCUCUUGCUCGUCACAUUGCGUGCCUCCUAUUGCAUGCCACCUGCUAUUGCUUGCCAACUUCUAUUGCAUGCCAUCUAUUGCUUGCCACCUAUAGCUUGCCAACUUAUAUUGCUUGUCGCCUAUUGCUUGCCACGUUCUACCACGAGCCUCUCGAGUUGCUUUCCUCACCCUGCCCUUUGGUGGCUGUUUCAUUACGCUGCCGUGUGUAGAAGGAAGCUGUAUGGAAUAAAAAAAACGAGG